GAAGCAAUUCUGGAUUGAUCAGAUCCUGGAUCUUUCCAGCCCCUCGUGACCGAGGAGAAAACCGGGACUUGGAAACCAGCCAGACUCGAGUUCCGGGAAACCAGGUGAGGAACUUGCAGCCGAAGCUUGAACGACCAUGUGACACCCCCUGGCCCUGCGCUCCGGCCUGGAGGCUGAGCGGGGAAGGGAACGCGCGGAGCAGCCUCCUAUAAAGGCGAGUCCCUGCUCCGGCGCGUCCCAGCCAAGGGAUCCUCCCCGGAGAGCCCAGGCUGCUGCCCGCGGUGGUGAGCCGAGCUCUGCCCAGGCCAGCGGGCCCUCAGCUUCCCACACGCCCAGCGAGCAGCUUUCCCAAGAAUGUCCUGGAGCGAUAUCCUGUACCCAGACAACCCGGUGAGGCGGGAGAGGGUGGCACGGUUACACCAGGAGCUGAUCAACUGCAUAGAGCUCAAUUUUGAUACCACCAAUGAGCUGAUUGAAGCCCUGAACACACACUGUCAGUGCAAGUUGCACAGCGUUAAGAUGAACAUGAAUGGCACCAUCCGGGACAACUGCGACAUACUCCUCGCAGCCAUAAAGUCCAUCCAAGACAUUCUGCAGGCCAUCGAUGCAAAGUUGAAGAGCAACCUGGAGCCAGAUCUCUACCGAAAGCUUCACGAUUUCCAGGAGGCUGAUGCCUCGAAGAUGCAGAUUCUGCACAAUGCGGCCACAGUUGUGAGUGGCCUCGCUGGGACUGUGGCCAUGGGGUUCUUCAUCAAGCUGGCGUUGUCGCAGGUGGUGGGCUCAGUCCUGAGCCAAACGGCCAUGGUCUUGGCCACGAUCGGUGCCUCUGUGUUCGGCGCCGUGGCUGGCAUGAUACUGGGCGUGGGUAUCGACUUGAUUUUCAGCGCGAUCCUGGGUGCCAUAGAGAGAGACCAACUGGAGGCAAAGAUUCAGGAGCUCAGUGAGCUGGUGGGUGAGUUCAAGCCAGCCUCCAAGGAGUAUAACAAAGCCAUCAUGAAGAUCAUCUGCAAGCUGCCAUAGCCGGAGGAGAAUCACCUGCUCAGAGGACUCCAGACCAAGCUGCAAGUUACCAUUACUUGGAAAAAUAAGGCUGUGGAGAUCAGAUCCCAUCUACCAUGACUUAGCCCAGCACCAUUAAAGCCAGCACAAUAAAUGAUAUCUAGCUCUUACACGGCGCUUUUCAUCAGC